AUGUCAUUUCAAACAGCCAACUUAAAGAUUGAAGAAGUUCCCCUUAACGAGAUCAAGAGACCAAUACCUCCAGUUCUUGAUUAUGAAAAAAUAGAUGCUAUGGUAUCGACUUUACAAGGAGCGCCAAAAGCAUCCGCUACGUGUGGGUUAGAGGAAAUCACCCUGGGAGAAUUGCCACCAAUAGAUGUGUUCAAGAUUCGAGAAUCGGGACAGAAUUUUUACUUUGCAUUUGGAGGGUGUCAUAGAUUUCAAGCUUAUGAUAAAUUAAGUGAGGAUGGAAGCAAACAAAUAAUGGUCAAGGCCAGAAUCUUACCGGCCACUAGAUCUACAUUGAAGUUGUAUCUUGGAGCAUCCGUAGAUCAAUUAUUUAAAGAGAUUGAUAAGGAGAAGGCCAAUUAG